AUGUCGGCCAGAAGAUGGAUCCCCCGUGAAGGUCUUUACAUCGACCCCAUCGUCACCGGCCUGCGGAGAACAAUACUUCAUCCUCUCUGCACAUUAAUACUCCUGUGCAUUGUACAAGGAAAAAAAUUCGGCACCGGUACCGCCUCGCCGUAUCAGAAGCUCGUCCAAUUCAUCGCAGCUGCCAGUACUAUCCUUUGGCUCAACGAUUAUUUGAGUGCCAAAAGUCGGAAUAAUUGGACGGUAGACACUACGUGGAACUGGAAGAGAGAGCUGGUAGUGGUGACUGGUGGUAGCGGUGGCAUUGGCGCCGGCGUGGCUCAGCGUCUCGCUGCAAUGGGAGCACGCGUGGUUGUUUUCGAUAUCAUACCGUUGACGUAUAAGCCUGGUGAUCAUAUCCGGUACUACAAGUGUGAUCUGAGCGAUGAGAAGGAAAUCGCGGCGCUCUGUGAGACGGUCAGAUCCGAAAUUGGUCAUCCAACUGUCCUCGUUAACAAUGCUGGCCUGUCACGCGGCCGGACUGUGAUCGAGGGUACUUACAGCGACAAUAGCAUCACUCUGAAGACCAACCUGCUUGCACCAUUCUUCCUUACUAAAGAAUUCCUACCGGCUAUGAUCCGGCAAAACCAUGGACACAUUUUCAAUGUUGCCUCAAUGAGCGCCUAUAUACCUCCCCCGGGACUUGGUGAUUACGCGGCGUCGAAGGCGGGGUUGAUCGCGUUCCACGAGUGUCUUGCCCAAGAGCUCAGGCUUCAAAACGCCCCAAAGGUUCGCACCUCGCUUGCCGUGUUGAGCUUUACGAAAACGCCACUGUUCAAGGGAGAAACGAACCAGCCCCGAUUCCUGAUGCCCCUUUUACAUGUCGAAACAGUAGUGGACGCUAUUGUGGAUACGCUUGACAGUGGCUUUAGCAGGACAAUAUUCCUUCCGGGGAUAUUUGGUUAUUUUGCUGGUUUGCGAGGGGCCCCAGAUUGGGUUCAGAACUUGGUUCGGAGCGGCACUAAAUCCCUGAAAGUAGAUUUCAAAGGUCGUCAGGAAAUUGACCCAAAGACUGGAAGGCUUGUUUAAUUUACUCAUAUGUGUACGCGGUCUAGAGGAGUACGAAGUGAUGGCAGUUGCAAGGUGUAUAUAAGCUAUAUACGUGA